CUGCAUAGGGAUGUGAGUGCCCGGAGGGAGCUCACGUGUUACAGCUGGGUUGUGUUUGGGGAAAGCAGCAAGAUGAAGGAGCAGUUCAGGGAGACAGAUGUGGCGAAAAAGAUAAGCCACAUCUGUUUUGGUGUGAAAUCGGCAGAGCAGAUGCGACAACAGGCGCAUAUUCAGGUGGUGAGCAAGAACCUUUACAGCCAGGAUAAUAACCAUUCACCCCUUCCUUUUGGCGUCCUGGAUCACCGCAUGGGAACGAGUGAAAAAGACCGUCCCUGUCAGACUUGUGGGAAGAAUUUGGCGGAUUGUCUUGGGCACUAUGGUUACCUGGACCUAGAGUUACCCUGCUUCCAUGUAGGGUAUUUCAAGGCAGUCAUUGGAAUACUACAGAUGAUUUGCAAAACCUGCUCACGCAUCAUGCUGACUGCAGAGGAGAAGAAGCAGUUCCUGGAUAUCCUGAAGAAGCCUGGCCUUGCCUACCUGCAGAAGAGAGGUCUGAGGAAGAAAAUCUCGGACAAGUGUCGCAAGAAAACAGUUUGUCAGUAUUGUGGCGCCUUUAAUGGUUCAGUCAAAAAGUGUGGCUUGCUGAAAAUUAUACAUGAGAAAUACAAAACCACAAAGAAAGUGGUAGAUCCCAUAGUGUCCCAUUUCCUGCAGUCGUUUGAAACCGCCAUAGAACACAACAAAGAGGUGGAGGCGCUUCUGGGACGUGCUCAGGAGAACCUAAACCCUCUUGUGGUGAUGAAUAUAUUAAAGCGAAUCCCAGCAGAAGACAUUCCUCUACUGCUUAUGAACCCAGAGGCUGGAAAGCCAUGUGACCUUAUAUUGACGAGGCUGCUGGUUCCUCCACUUUGCAUUCGUCCCUCUGUAGUGAGCGAUCUCAAAUCUGGCACCAACGAAGAUGAUCUCACCAUGAAACUAACAGAGAUUAUCUUCCUGAACGAUGUUAUUAAGAAGCACAGGGUUACAGGAGCCAAAACCCAGAUGAUCAUGGAGGACUGGGAUUUCCUGCAGCUGCAGUGUGCUUUGUACAUUAAUAGUGAGCUGUCUGGGAUUCCCAUGAAUAUGGCCCCCAAAAAAUGGACCCGUGGCUUUGUCCAGCGAUUGAAAGGGAAACAGGGUCGGUUUAGAGGGAACCUGUCUGGAAAGAGAGUGGAUUUCUCUGGACGAACAGUAAUCUCCCCAGACCCUAAUCUACGUAUUGAUGAAGUCGCUGUUCCUGUCCAUGUGGCCAAAAUAUUGACCUUUCCUGAAAAGGUAAACAAGGCAAAUAUCCACUUAAUGAGGAAAUUGGUACAAAAUGGACCUGACGUUCAUCCAGGAGCCAACUUCAUCCAACAGAGAUAUACUCAAAUGAAAAGGUUCCUGAAGUAUGGUAACCGUGAGAAGAUAGCUCAGGAGCUGAAGUAUGGGGACGUCGUAGAGAGGCACUUGAUAGAUGGAGACAUUGUCCUGUUCAACAGACAGCCUUCCCUGCACAAGCUGAGCAUCAUGGCUCACAUAGCCCGGGUCAAACCUCACCGGACCUUCCGCUUUAACGAGUGUGUUUGCACCCCGUACAAUGCUGAUUUUGAUGGGGAUGAAAUGAACCUUCAUUUACCCCAGACAGAGGAAGCCAAAGCUGAAGCUUAUGUGUUAAUGGGGACCAAAGCUAACCUAGUGACGCCAAGGAACGGGGAGCCACUGAUAGCUGCCAUUCAGGACUUCCUCACAGCUGCGUACCUUCUUACACUCAAGGAUACUUUCUUUGACCGUUCCAAAGCCUGCCAGAUAAUUGCAUCUAUCUUAGUGGGGAAGGAUGAAAAGAUAAAAGUACGACUGCCACCCCCAGUUAUUCUAAAGCCAGUUACUCUGUGGACAGGGAAGCAAAUCUUUGGGCUUAUUUUACAGCCCAGUCUUGACAACCCAGUUCGUGCCAACCUAAGAACCAAGGGCAAGCAAUACUCUGGCAAGGGGGAAGAUUUAUGCUACAAUGAUUCCUAUGUGACUAUUCAAAACAGCGAGCUGAUGAGCGGCACUAUGGAUAAGGGUACACUGGGUUCUGGCUCCAAGAAUAACAUUUUUUAUAUACUGUUAAGAGAUUGGGGGCAACUGGAGGCUGCUAAUUCAAUGUCUCGCUUGGCAAGACUGGCACCUGUCUACCUGUCCAACCGUGGGUUCUCCAUUGGCAUUGGGGAUGUCACUCCAGGCCAGGGACUGCUGAAGGCCAAACAGGACCUUCUAGAUGCUGGAUACAAGAAAUGUAAUGAAUACAUUGAGGCUCUGAACACUGGCAAAUUGCAACAGCAGCCUGGGUGCAGUGCAGAAGAGACUCUGGAGGCCCUAAUCUUGCGGGAGCUGUCUGUAAUAAGAGACCACGCUGGCAGCGCCUGUCUGAGAGAGCUGGACAAGAGUAACAGCCCCCUCAUAAUGGCUCUUUGUGGCUCCAAAGGUUCUUUUAUUAACAUCUCCCAAAUGAUUGCUUGUGUGGGUCAGCAAGCCAUCAGUGGUUCUCGUGUCCCUGACGGCUUUGAGAACCGAUCACUCCCUCAUUUUGAAAAACACUCAAAGCUCCCCGCAGCCAAAGGGUUUGUAGCCAACAGUUUUUAUUCAGGUCUGACGCCCACAGAAUUCUUCUUCCACACCAUGGCCGGACGAGAAGGUCUGGUGGACACUGCUGUAAAGACAGCAGAGACGGGAUACAUGCAGAGGCGUCUAGUGAAGUCUCUUGAAGAUCUGUGUUCGCAAUAUGACCUGACUGUCAGGAGCUCUACUGGAGAUAUUAUCCAGUUCAUUUAUGGAGGAGAUGGGUUAGACCCUGCAGCCAUGGAAGGGAAGGAUGAGCCACUGGAGUUUAAGCGUGUUCUGGACAAUGUGAAGGCUGUAUACUCCUGCUCAGAUGAACCAACCUUAAGCAGGAAUGAGCUGAUCCUUACCACAGAAUCCAUCAUGAAAAAGUCAGAAUUCCUCAGUUGCCAAGACUCCUACCUACAGUCGCUCACAGAAACAGGGUACAGACUUUAUUACAAGGAGAUAAAGAAGUUUAUUAAUGGAGUUUCUGAAAGUAUUAAGAAGACCAGAGACAAGUACGGCAUUAAUGACAAUGGCACUACUGAGCCACGGGUCCUAUACCAGUUGGACAGGAUCACUCCCACUCAGCUGGAGAAGUUUUUGGAGACGUGCCGGGAUAAGUACAUGAGGGCACAAAUGGAGCCCGGUUCUGCUGUAGGAGCUCUCUGUGCACAGAGUAUCGGGGAGCCUGGAACACAGAUGACCCUAAAAACGUUUCACUUUGCUGGUGUAGCUUCUAUGAAUAUCACCCUAGGUGUGCCCCGUAUUAAGGAGAUCAUUAAUGCUUCAAAGAACAUCAGUACGCCCAUAAUUACCGCAAAUCUUGAUAUUGAUGACAACGCUGACUUUGCACGUCUUGUGAAAGGUCGAAUUGAGAAGACUUUAUUGGGAGAGAUAUCUGAAUAUAUUGAAGAAGUGUUUCUUCCUGAUGACUGCUUUCUGCUCGUGAAACUUUCUCUGGAACGCAUACGUUUGUUGCGCCUGGAGGUGAAUGCAGAAACUGUGAGAUACUCAAUCUGUAUGUCCAAACUCCGUGUAAAGCCGGGAGACAUUGCUGUGCAUGGUGAGGCCGUGCUGUGUAUCACCCCACGAGAGAAUAACAAGAGCUCUAUGUAUUACGUCUUGCAGACUUUGAAAGAGGAGCUCCCAAAGGUGGUGGUGCAGGGUAUUCCUGAGGUGUCUCGUGCCGUUAUACAUAUUGAUGAGCAAAGUGGCAAAGAGAAAUUCAAAUUGCUUGUUGAAGGGGACAAUCUAAGAGCAGUAAUGGCUACACAUGGAGUCAAGGGCUCACACACAACAUCCAAUAAUACAUACGAGGUGGAGAAAACCUUGGGUAUUGAAGCUGCUCGCUCUACCAUAAUCCACGAGAUCCAGUAUACAAUGGUGAACCAUGGCAUGAGCAUCGACAGACGUCAUGUCAUGCUACUGGCUGAUCUCAUGACGUACAAGGGGGAGGUUCUGGGCAUCACACGUUUUGGUCUAGCGAAAAUGAAGGAGAGUGUCCUGAUGCUGGCUUCCUUCGAGAAGACUGCUGACCAUCUGUUUGAUGCAGCCUAUUUUGGGCAAAAGGAUUCUGUGUGUGGGGUUUCCGAAUGUAUUAUAAUGGGAAUUCCAAUGAAUAUCGGGACCGGACUUUUUAAGCUUCUUCACCGGGCGGAAAAGGACCCUAAUCCCCCUACAAGACCCUUGAUGUUUGAUCACAAAGAUUUCCACAUCCCUGUCACCAGCACGUAGCAAAUCUCUAUAAGAGAUAGAAAACCUAUUUAUUACACCUAGUGGAACUGGGACGCUGGCACUGUUGGAAGCAAAGCACUUACAAAGGGACAUUUUUUGGACACUAGUGUUUAUCAGAGUAGGUGGUGAUACAAAAGAAAGUGUGUUUUAUUUGAGAGGGGGUUAACACUUUUGUUCUAAAACAUGAACCCUGAAAUGUGUAGGGAAGAAAGCUACUAAGAACAAACCAUUCAGCUUCAGAAUUCCUUCACAUUUAAUUCUUAACUUCUUAUGUGUUGGACUGUAAAUAGUCUACAGUCGCCUGAACACAAACUGCUCAAAUCUUUAUCUUUUCACUCUUUAUUUAUUUGUUUUGUUUUUUUGUUAGACAUAUUAUCCAGCACAUAUCCUGGAUUGAAGCAGAGUGAGAUUAUCUGCUUAAAAUAUUUAUUCUGUAUUUAGAUCUCUUGCUACCAAAGGGAUAUGCAACAUGUUUUAGUGCAACUAAAGUUACCCAAUGGAUAGGUGCUUUAGUGUUACCAUUUCCAGAGGGUUUUAUUAAAUAUUGUGAUUUCCAAAAUAUUAGCACCGUUGUUCCUUCCGUCCAUAACGUUUGGGGAAAAAAGGAAAAAAAAAAAGUUUGCUAAUUUUUCAAUAAGGGUUUAUUUCAUCACCACAUUUCCUAAUGUAUCGGUUGUACUGAGGACUCUUGAAUUUCAGAUAUGAUGAAGGGCGAAGCUGUUGUGCUGAUAACCCUUUCAUUGUUGCUCAAUAUAAGUAUCCCCUUCAGUGAAGGGCUUCCAGAUCAUUCUUUGAAAUGGGACUGGCCAUAAUAUUAUUUAAGAAAUCCUUGUUUUAUUAACCCUUUUUAUUGGGCUUUACAGAAUGUACUGUUUAGCUAUGCACUAACCAAACAGAUUAUUACUAUGCUUUUUUUGUUCAGAGACAACGCGCACACACAAAAAAGCCAAACGUAAUUAGGUUAUCUUCAAUGAAUAUUGAGAUGAUGGACUGUCGAAACAAAACAUUUAGUAAAUAAUUAAGUUUGUGUAAUUUUGGGUUAAAUUGCUCUAUGUACAGAAAGCAGCUUGCAUUGAUGUGAAUAAAAAUAUUUAACUUG